AACAGAGUCAAGGACUUUGCUGCGAUCUCUCUUAUAUCUUGCGUCAUGACCAGAUGGGUGGAGUCCCCGCGAUAUAAAUCUGGCGAUUGUAGCGCUAGAUAUCAAUCUCGGUCCAUCACACACCUCAACAUAGUUCUUAAGGUUUACAUCCUCGCUGCGCUUUUGGGCGUUGCCGUUGCUGACACUAUCCCCUACACCCCUCCACGUCCCUCCUACAUCGCUCCCGCCCCUGCUGGUCCUGCCCAAUACGAAUUUGACUGGACCGUGAACGACGCUAACUCCGGCAACAACUACGGCCACAAUGAAGCUCGUAGUGGUUAUGACACUCAAGGAUCCUAUUACGUUCAGCUCCCCGACGGUCGUCUGCAGAGAGUUACUUAUACUGUGAACGGCGACUCCGGCUACUUGGCUCAAGUUGAGUACGAGGGUGAGGCGCAGUACCCAGCCUACCAGCCUGCUCCCAGCUACAGACCAACACCAAGUUAUGUGUAAUAAAAUCUCAGUUUGAAUAGAAAUUUGGCUUUCUUAAUCCACGGCAGUGAAUCUGCUUAAAUUGAUG